CUCCUUCAUCCUUCUCUGUCUGUUUCUCUCUCUCCCUCUCUUUCUCUCUCUAACCUCCCCCUAUAUAUUUAUACUCGCGCUGGUGUACUCGCUCCGGCGAAUCGGGCCAAAAAUCUCGCCGGCGAAUACACCGGAUCUUUGAAGAUCUUCAAAUUCACAAUCUCCCAUUGCCGUUUCGGUACCAUAAUCUGCCUAUAAAUACGAAGAUCUUAUUCGCUACUUAUUUUUCCUUUUCAAUUGGCUGCUUCUUCUUCUCGAAUUGGGAAAAAAAUCGGUGAUGAAGAUCGAUAAGCCUUGUGAGUAUAAUGCACGUGGAGAAUUAUAGCAUUCCUUUUUAGGGUUCUAGAAAUCGGUGAAAAGAAUCUAUAAAACAAUGGUGGUGGUGAUAAUUCUGGUCAGUUUGGGGUUUGAAUUUUGAUUGCAUGGGGGAAAGUGAAGCGAGAUGUGUAGGAUAGAGAGGAAAAGCUGUGAAUUUGAGAACAACAAUAAGAGAGAGAUGGGGUUGAAGGCAAUGGGAGGGGUUGAGAAGCUGAGGAGUUCAAUGUCGGUGUCGAUGUCGAGGUCGAGAAUGAAGCUAUGGAUGAUACGCGCCACGACGUCUGUUUUGCUCUGGACUUGUAUUGUUCAGUUGACGGCGUUAGGGGAUUUGUGGGGUCCUAGGGUUUUGAAGGGUUGGCCCUCUUGUUUUUUGCAGGACUCUUCUUCUUCUUCUUCUUCUUCUUCUUCUUCCUCCGUCUCCUCCGCCGUUAACAACGCCGUUACCGUUCCGUCUGUUCCGCCGCGAGUUCUUCCACCCAAAAGGGUUUAUAAGAACAAUGGUUAUCUGAUGGUCUCAUGCAACGGAGGACUCAAUCAAAUGAGAGCAGCGAUUUGUGACAUGGUUGCUAUUGCAAGAUAUUUAAACGUCACCCUUAUAGUACCUGAGUUGGAUAAAGCCUCCUUUUGGGCCGAUCCCAGUGAGUUCCAAGACAUAUUUGACGUGGAUCAUUUCAUUACAUCCUUGAGAGAUGAGGUUCGAAUAUUGAAAGAAUUGCCUCCUAGGCUCAAGAGGAAAAUGGAACUAGGGAAAGUUUAUUCCAUGCCCCCAAUCAGUUGGUCUGACAUAUCUUACUAUCAUAAUCAGAUUCUUCCUCUGAUAUGGAAGCACAAAGUUGUACAUCUGAAUAGAACUGAUGCUCGACUUGCCAAUAAUGGUCAACCUUUGGAGCUUCAGAAGCUGCGCUGCAGAGUAAAUUUUAGUGCUCUGAGAUUUACUUCUCAGAUAGAGGAGUUGGGUAGAAGGGUUAUCAAUCUUUUAAGGCAAAAUGGCCCUUUCCUAGUACUUCAUCUUAGAUAUGAAAUGGACAUGUUGGCAUUUUCUGGCUGCACUCAAGGUUGCAACAAUGAGGAGGUGGAGGAGUUGACUAAAAUGAGGUAUGCUUAUCCAUGGUGGAAAGAAAAAAUAAUAAAUUCUGACUUGAAAAGGAAAGAUGGUUUGUGCCCUUUGACACCUGAGGAAACUGCUCUGACACUGAGGGCACUGGACAUUGAUCCUAGUAUCCAGAUUUAUAUAGCAGCUGGUGAGAUAUAUGGUGGAGAAAGGAGAAUGGCAAGUCUUGCAAAGGCUUACCCAAAAUUGGUCAGGAAGGAGACCCUAUUGGAAUCAUCUGACCUUAGGUUUUUCCAGAAUCACUCAUCCCAGAUGGCUGCAUUAGAUUAUCUGGUGUCACUGGAGAGUGAUAUUUUUGUUCCCACAUAUGAUGGAAACAUGGCCAAAGUUGUUGAAGGCCAUCGGAGAUUUCUUGGGUUCAAGAAGACGAUUCUGUUGGAUAGAAGACUGCUGGUCAGUUUGAUAGACCAGUACAAUAGUGGAUCACUGAGUUGGGAUGAGUUCUCAUCAGCAGUGAAGGAUUCUCAUGCAGAACGCAUGGGAAACCCAGUGAAAAGGUUGGUGAUCCCAGACAGGCCUAAAGAAGAGGAUUAUUUUUAUGCCAACCCACAAGAGUGUUUGCAGCCAUUAGACGAAUCAUUGUCAUUGAGUAGUACGUGAUCUAUAUGUUAGGAGAUUGCGACAUUCAUCAGUGUUCUCCUACAGUGCUAGCCUUUCAGCCAUGGAUCUGUAGAUAGGUUUCUACAGAAGUACAGUGAUAAUGAAGGAUUUUGUUUUGAAGAGGAGAUGGUGAAGAUUAUUGGGAGUGGUAAAACUACAAGAAGGCCUGAGAGGAUCUAUGGAAGCAGCCGGGGAAACAAUAUUGUCUUUUACAUAUGCCAAUAAUCAUCCAAUUCAUGUAUAGAAGCUACCUUGUCAUUUACAGGGUGAGAGCAGAUUGAUCUGCAUUGUACACCGGGGGGAUGCAAAUAUAGAUUUGGUUUACGCAAAGAUGUAGAUUCAUGGAAGGUUAAUCCCUUAUCCUUCCAUUUUGCAUUUUUUGUUUCGUUCGGAUCAGCCAUGGUCUUCUGAUUUCCUCUCAGCAUAUAUAACAUUAUAAUUUUAUCAGUUUACACAGAUUAUUGCCA